AUGGCACGUACAAAGCAAACUGCACGUAAGUCUACUGGUGGAAAGGCGCCAAGGAAGCAACUUGCAACCAAGGCUGCUCGUAAGUCUGCACCAACUACUGGUGGUGUCAAGAAGCCACAUCGUUAUCGCCCUGGAACUGUUGCUCUUCGUGAAAUUAGGAAAUAUCAGAAGAGUACCGAGCUUUUGAUCAGGAAGCUUCCCUUCCAGAGGUUGGUUCGUGAAAUUGCUCAGGACUUCAAGACUGACCUUCGUUUCCAGAGCCAUGCUGUUCUUGCAUUGCAAGAGGCUGCUGAGGCGUACCUUGUUGGACUCUUUGAAGAUACCAACUUGUGUGCCAUCCAUGCUAAGCGUGUUACUAUUAUGCCCAAGGAUAUUCAGUUGGCACGCAGGAUCCGUGGUGAACGUGCUUAA